AUGGGUGAAAGCUCGACCCACGGGGAGCCCAUCGCGGCUUCGACUGCGAGGGGGGGCCGCGGCACCUCGGCACUGUUCAGCAACGACCGGCGCUUCCAAGGCUUCACGCUGAAGCAGUCCCUGGCGCUGCGUGUGGUGCCCGAGCUCGCCAUCCCGCGCAAGGCCACUACGAUUCGGAUCUUCUUCCAGUGCCGCUCGCCUUUGCCAGGGCAGGUCCUGCUGCGAGUGGAAGCGCCCCAUGGCGUGGACUUCGACCGCGGCUGCCUGGCGGAGGUGGGAGGAGUCUACAGCGGCUGCGCUGGCUUGGGCAACAUCGCUGUGGCGCAGCGGGAGGGCCUCACCGUGGGUGACCACGAGUUGGCCUUGAGGGCGGUGAACCCGGCGCGCACGCCGCAGCCCAACUGGUGGCUGCUGGAAUCCUUCGCGGACCUAGCGCUGCAGACGGUCUUCGAGGGGCCGUUUGAGCAAGUGAGGCAGAGUGGCCGUGGUGAUGGCUAUGAGCUGUUGCAAAGCCUGCAGGCAACGGUGAGGCCCAGCAGCCAGCAGCCAGGGCCAAUCAACAUCUUCCUGUGGCUCAAGCCCCGGCAAGCCGUGCCUUUGGGCGGGCGCUUGGAGUUGCACGCGCCGCAGGGCUUCGAGAUGUCCUGUGAGCCUCCGCUGGUGCUGCUGGCGAUGCCCCCAGGCAGCUGCGAGGCCUUCCACGUCCCGGGGCUGGACGACCACGACGUCGUGGACUUCCGCCUGGGAGGCGCUUUGACCGCCGGCGGCGAGUACGAGCUCUCCGUAUUCUCCAGAAACCCCACCACCAUUCCGAGCAGCCUCAGCCGCUGGGGUGUGCUGCUGUCGGGUGAUGAGGUCCUGGAAGCCAACAUGGAGGUGCCACAGUACCCUUUGACGGACUUCGGUAUGGAGCUCCUCUCGCUUCAGUCGAGCAACGCCGCUCCCAAUGCCAGCAACGAGGUGCGCCUGCAGCUGCGCUUCCGCAGUCUCUCGCUGAGCGGCAUCAGCGAGAUCCGCAUUGAAGCCCCUCCUGGCUGGGACUUCCGGCCGCUGUGCACCCGCUUUCAGGACAUCACCGGUGGCUGCCAAACGCGGUGCACCUACCAGCUGCCCUAUGCCGAGGAGCGCGGCCAUCACACGUGCCCGGAGGCGAAUGUGUUACUCUUGCUGAUGGACCGAUCCGCAGUCAUUGAGGGCGUCUUCAUCCUGAUGCUUGCAGUGGUGAAUCCUCACGCAGCACCUCCCCAGAACCUUUGGAGCGUCCCGCGUCGCUUUGGGGCAUGGUGCGUUGUUGGGACUUUGGAGGACACAGCCGCCGGGGGAUUCCUUCAAAUCAUCUGA